AUGAGCCCGUCCAUUGAAAGCUUCGACCACAUUGCCCGCGUUGGCAAGAGGCACGCUCCCGUCGUCACCAUGUUCAGCGGCGGCCUUGACAGCACAUACCUUCUUUUCCGCCUGCAGCAGCUGGGCUUCACCAACAUCCACGCUGUUGCCGUCAACGUUGGCGCCCCUAUCGAUGAGGCUAGCCUCUCCUCAUGCGCCGCGCGCUUCGGCGCCAAGUUCGAGUGCCUUGACGGCCGCGACCUCUUUGUGACCAACGGCGUGGUGCCCGCCAUCCAAGCCCACGCUUCCUACAUGGGCAUGUACCCCAUCAGCAGCUCUCUGACGCGGCCCAUCAUCGCACGCCUGGUCACAGACUAUGCCAACGGGCUCAAUGCCAGCCUGCUUCUUCACACCGCCAACCUGUCCCAGAACAGCCUGCCGCGCCUCAACAACAGCAUCGCGCGCUUCGGCUUCCCUGGUGACUUUGGCAGCCCGUACGUGCAGUCCGCCAUCUCCCGCGAGCGCAAGGCCGAGGAGCUCGCCGCCGUCGGCCUGACCAUCAUGUCGGACCGCAAGCUCAGCGGCGACGAGAACCUCUGGGUUCGCGAGUUCGAGGAUGGCCCCGUCAACGACCCGGAGGACUUUGAUAUCCCCGAAGAUGCCUUUGAGUGGACGCGCCACGUCCGCGACGAGAAGCCCACCACCAUCACCCUGGCCUUUGACAACGGCACUUUGACCACCGUCAACGGUACCAAGAUGGCCCUCAUAGAUGCCGUGGCCCUGCUCAACAAGGAAGUCGGCAAGUACGGCCACGGCCGCUUCGUCGGCCUGGAGCCCCUCAGCACCGACGACAAAGUGCUCGAGGUCCGCGAGGCGCCUGCUGCCGCCAUUAUCAUGGACGCCCUGCGCCACCUCGAGAUUGCUACGCUCGACUCCGACACCCUCGAGCUCAAGCAGACCCUCGAGCAGAGAUGGGUGCGCGAGGCCAUUGCUGGCCGCUGGGGAAGUGCUUGCCACACCAUGUGCGGCGCCGCCAUUGCUGCUUCGCUCAACGGCGUCGGCGGCACUGUGGUCUACAACGUGGAUCACAGGCGUUUCCUGCCUUGCGCCAUCGUCGCGCAAAACCCUCGUGUCGUUAGAAACCGUGAUGAGUGGGAGGCCAUGCGCUCGUUGCAGCUUUACGGAAAGCUCCAGCCGCCCCAGCCCCUAGUUCAGGCUCAAGCUCAGCCGGAGAUCAACGGCCAGCCCAAGGCGGCACAGCCCGAACCUUUUGCCAUGGCGACGUCGGCACCUAUCCAACCUUUUGACGAGAAGCUUCCCAUCGCCAUUGUCGCCUAA